ACCUGGACCGAACAAGCGCUUGCUUAUCAGCCCAGUGAGCCUCCAACCAAGGAAGGAAACCCUCCUUACGCAUCUCCGAUGGCCGCCGCCGCCGCGCCGGUGCGCAGGCUGCUCCUCCACCUCCGCGACCCGCCGCCGCUCCCCCUCACCUCGCUCCUCUCCCGCCUCGCGCCCCACCUCCACCAAACCCCCACUUCAACACCGUGGUCUCUCCUGCCGGCCUCGACGCCGACCCAACCCCCGCCCUCGAGCCUCCGCGACGUCCUCUUCUCCUUCCACACGGGCCUCAAUAUACACCCGUGCCUAGAUCCCAUCUGCGGAGACGCAGAGGAGGUGGACGGCGGCGGAGGGGCGGCGGCGGCGGAGGUGUGGGCAGACAGCGUCAAGAAGAAGCGCAAGCGCAAGAUGAACAAGCACAAGCUCCGCAAGCUCCGGAAGCGACUCCGACGACAGACAUGAGCUCGAAGCUAGUUGGACUUGGAACCAGGGUCACCAAUGCCUCUACACACUAGUUAUGUGCUGAUCACAUGCUACGGGUUUUUGUUUGGCAAACGAGCUACUUGUUCAAUUCCAGCCAUCAAUUGUUGGGACUAACAGUCUAGAAACUAUGACAGAACUCUAGUGAAAAUGAGUCAGGAUCGAGCUAGUUUAAGUCUUGAUUUCUGUCAAAUAAAGCUCCACAUUUGGUUGUUUUGUUGUUCUCGCUCUCCCACCGAUUCAAUGCUAUGACUAACAACAAUGUACACUUGUCCAGAAGCGCCUUCAUAUAUUGAUUUGAUGCAGCCUGAAAUUUUGUAUGCUAA